AUGCAAAAUUUUCGUGGUGGCAGCAGUACUAACUCGAGCUAUAAAAUGGGUUUCGAAUAUCAUAUUAUGGAUUCACGAAAAUUCGCGCGAUUCCCAAUGUUUGCUACUAAACCCGAUAUAUGCUGGCAACUUGAAUGGACAGUGGAAGACGAUUAUGGGCGAAUUUAUCUUUUAGCGAUUCCAAACGACGAUGAAAGAGAAAUGAGCACUUGGAAGCUCCGUCAAGGCGUGAAUGUUAAUCUUUGCUUGGACGAUCUUAACAAACCUACUCAUUCGAGAGCCCCUCCGAUAUACCAACAUACCGCAAAAGUAAAUCUGAACAUCCAGUCACCUUUUAAAGGAUUCAAAAGUAUCUCAUUAAGCAAAAUUCCAGCGCAGAUUCUUAUUAGAUUAUUUUUUGAGGAUGUUGAGCACGAAGCGCCCGAUAUGAAAUAUUUCAUUCUUGCUAAACCAUUUCCCAAUACAUUUAUUGAAGCUUGGGCUGAAAAAAUUAAUAAUCGAAAGAGUGCCGAUGUGCAAUUUAAUUUUGCAAAUAAAUGUAUCUAUGCUGAAACACUGAUGCUAGCAAAGCGUUGUAAAUAUUUCGAAAAUCUUUUCAAUCAGCAAUGGGCGGAUAAAAAAACCGAAAAAAAGAAAGAGGAAAUGAGCAUCGCGACAACUGCUGAUAAUGUCUUUGCCUCUGUCUCUUCCUCUUUUACCGCCAACACCAAUACAAAUCUCGCACCGGGAAUCAAAUAUUCAGUAGAUAUUCCAGAUUUCGAUUAUGAUUGCUUUUAUGAAAUGAUCCGGUUCCUUUACACCAAUGAAAUACGAUUUGGUAAAUUAGACUCUUCAACAUCAGCAAUAGCAAUGUUUUCGAUUAGCGACAAGUAUCUAAUUUCUGAAUUACGAAGACUCUCGAAAAUUCGUAUCUGGGAAGAACUUAACGAGAAUAAUGCUGCCGGAAUCCUUUUUGAUUCAGCAUGGAAAUGGGAUGAUGUUAAAGAACCAGUAAUGGAUUACAUAGUGAGAGAAUUUUCUGUUGUUCGAAAAACAGAAGGGUUUCUUGCAAUCGAAUCGCAAUUGAAAUACAAUCCGAUUAUGGGUCUGUUGUUAUUUGAGCUUCUGAAUAAAUUGGAGGAUUAUAAAGAUAGUAUCGAAG